AUGGAUGCACAGUCAAGAGAUGAUGAGGAUGAGGAUAGAACAAAGUUAUGGAAGAAUACAAACCUAUUCAGUGUGUCAGAGCUGAGUGGUGAGGUAGAUGAUGAGAGUGAUGAUGAUGAUGAUGACCAAGACGAGAAGAUCAAACAAGAGGUGGAAGACGAUGAUGAGGAUAAUGAUGGUAUUGAUGAUGUACCAGUUGGUCAAAAGAGAAAGAAUCCAUCAGAGUUCAACAAUGAUAAUAAUAAUAAUAAUGAUGAUGAUGAAGAUGAGGAUGAAGAGAAACAUGAUGAAGUGGAUACACCAGUACAUUUGAAGAGUAUACCAACUGGAGCGAGAAAGUACAUGAAGGGCAACAUAGUACCAGCGACAGGUAUCACCAACCCUGUUCUCAAAGCAAAGCUCGAGAGACAAGCUGCCAACCAAAGAACAGCAGCCAUCUCUGCCCUCAAGGCUGAGAUCUUGGUCCAAGCAGACGCUGGAUUCAUCCAGCCUGACGAAGGUGAGAGGACAUAUGCACUGACACAGAAGGACAUUGUAAAGGCUGUGGACAUGCAGUCAAAGAAUAAGGUGUUUGACUUGACGUUGGAUCAUGGACCUUACACUUUGGAUUACUCACGCGAUGGAAAGUACUUGUUGAUGGCCGGUGCAAAGGGCCACGUUGCAUCACUCGACUGGAGGAAUGGAAAGAAGAUCACAGAGACUCAUCUGUCUCAGCCAGCACGCCACGCAUGCUUCCUGCACAACGAACAGAUGUUCGCCGUCGCUCAAAAGAAGUACACAUAUAUAUACAGCAGCGCUGGCGUGCAGCUGCAUCAGCUCAAGGCGCACUUUGACCCCAAGUUCCUCUCAUUCCUGCCGUACCACUUCCUUUUGGUGAGCGCUACGAAUCGCGGCAAGCUCGUCUACGAGGACAUAUCGAUUGGUCGUGUACAGGGCAAUCACUCAUUCAAGGGCACCCUGUCGGCAAUGUGCCAGAAUCGCUCCAACGCCGUCAUUCAGCUCGGCUACACCAACGGCUCUGUCGACCUGUGGGUGCCCAAGGCACACCAGCCGGUCGUCAAGAUCCUCGCUCACAAGACCGCCAUCACUUCCCUCGCCACCAGUUUGUCGGGCAACUACCUUGUCACUGCUGGCCUCGACCGCAUGGUCAAAGUGUUUGAUCUCAGAAACAGCUACGAGGAGGUUCGCACCUUCAGCGUGAAGAACGUGCCCACGUCCAUGGCACUGUCCGACACAAACGUGUUGGCUAUUGGCAACGGACGCCAGGUAUCCAUAUGGCAAAACCCAUUCGAUCCAAGCAUUAGCGAGCCAUACCUUAUCCCCAAGGUACAUGACAAUGUUACCUCAGUCAAGUUCUGUCCAUUCGAGGAUGUCAUGACUGCCGGUCACGGCAAGGGUAUCUCAUCAAUGUUGGUGCCAGGCUCUGGUAUGGCCCAGUACGACUCACUGGAGGCCGAUCCAUACGCAACCAAGAAGAUGAAGAGCGAGGCCGAGGUGCACGCUCUGCUCGAGAAGAUCCCAUACGAUAUGAUCUCGCUGGAUCCCAACGUCAUUGGAACGAUCAACCAGAAUGUCAGCACCGAGGAGAAGAAGCACAAGCGCGAGGUCCAGAAACAGGUCGACAAGAACAGAGUCACCGUCGAUCACAAGAAGGUCGAGGCCAUGGAGGCCAAGAAGAGGGCUCAGAAGGAGGCCCGAGAGCGCGAGAUCUUGGAGCCAACCAAGACCAGGAGUGCUCUGUCUCGCUUCGAACAAAAGAAGAAGUAA